UUUAGAAGUGAGUAUAUCAUCCACUUCUAUGGCGCUUGUGUCAUUCCAAACCACAUUUGUAUGGUCACCGAAUUUGCACAAUACGGGUCUUUACAGGAUUUGUUUAACAACAUACCAAAAGGUAGUGACAAGGAAUUAACACUCAAAAUGAAGAUGAAAGUCGUCUUAGACGCCACAAGAGGAAUUUUGUAUUUACAUGAGAAUGGCAUUUUACAUAGAGACAUCAAACCAGACAAUAUAUUAAUAUUGUCGCUCGAAAAAGAUAUAAUUACUAAUGGGAAGUUGACUGACUUUGGAAGUAGUAGAAACAUUAAUUUACUGAUGACUAAUAUGACAUUCACAAGAGGCGUUGGGACACCAAAAUAUAUGGCACCUGAAAUCUUGAAUAAACAACACUAUAAGAAGGCAGCUGAUAUUUACUCGUUGGCUGUAACGUUCUUUGAAACUCUAAUUUGGGGAGAGGCAUACCCACUCAAAUUGUUCCCAUUCCCUUGGAAUGUUGCUGAUUAUAUUGCUUCGGGCCGACGAAGAGAAUUACAAAGUAACAUGAACGAAGAAGCUUAUGAUAUUAUUAAUGAUAUGUGGGUACAGAAACCUGAAGAGAGAAUGACUGCAAUGGAAGUUGUUAAAUCUAUUGAAGCAAUAUAUAAUAAAAUAUAA